AUGUACACCCCAAUGAUGACCCCGUCCGUCAUGGGCAGAGGCAUGUUGCCGUAUAUCCCAAGGGCACAGCCAUCAAGGCCACGACGCAAAAAGACGCCCUCGGAGGCCGACGGCGAGUCGCUGACCAAGUCGACAUCCAAGAGCUCCCAUACAUCCAGCGGGGGCGAACCAUCACGGGCUUCACUCGAGGCGCCGUUGGAGUCGGACCGCCCCGCCGAAGCCGCUGGCGUGGAGCCCGAGCAUCAGCAUCAGCGCAAGCCCAAGCGGCGCAGCAAAAAAGAGCACCAGCAGCAAACCGAGGACGCUAAUACUAAACAUCAUCAUAAUACCGGCAACAGCAGCACAAGUACGACACCAGGCGGCGGAGCACAACCAACUGGAGCCUCCGCGGACGCUACCCCACCUCAUCCGCAACACCACAACCAGCACCACCACAACCAUCAAAAGCCUUCUCCGUCCGCCUCCUCCCCCCCCGUGCCAUCCGCCUCUUCUCCCAAACCCGCGCAGCACAGCGCCUUUAAGCGGGCCUCGCACUCCUUCAUCUCUCGAGGCAAGCAUCACGACACGCACGCUCUGCAGACCGACUUCAAGCAUGCCCAUGCACAGCACAAUCCCUCGUCCUCGCCCCGGUCCCCCGCCGCAGCGCAGAUGAACGGCACUGUCCCCGACAUCUUUGCCCACGCCGCCAGAAACAACAUGUCCUCGACCACCGACGCCUCCUCCAGCUCCCGCGAGAACCUCAUCACCUCCAAGCCCUUUGUCCUCCGCAAUGGCCGCUCCUACCUCAACGACACGAGCCUGCCCUACCCGCUGCCCGCCGACCUGACGGAGCUGCACCGCCAGUCGAUGCGCACCCUGCUGCUCAUCCAGGUCUUUGGCAGCCCGGUGUGCUCGCCCACCUUUUCCAAGCGCCCGCCCCAGCGCGUCCUCGAGAUUGGCUGCGGCUCCGGCUUCUGGUCCAUGAUGUGCCAUCGCUACUUCAAGUCCCGCGGCCACGGCAACAUCUCCUUUACCGGCAUGGACAUUGCCCCGCUGGCGCCCACCGAGCCGACCAUGAGCACGACGACGACCGCCGGCGCCAAGCCCGACCCCGAAAUGAACUGGAACUUUAUCAGCCACGACAUGCGCCAGCUGCCCUGGCCCAUAGACAGCGAAAAGUUUGACCUCGUCAUGGUCAAGGACAUGAGCCUGGCAACCACCAACCUGCAGCAUCAGCAUUUCGUGGACGAGUACAUUCGCCUCCUGCGGCCUGGCGGCGUCCUGGAAAUUUGGGAGUCGGACCAUCUCAUCCGCAUGCUCCGUCCGCACGUUCCAGAGGCCAAGCUAGCGGGCGACGAUACCGAGGACCAAGAAGCCGCCGCUAGCCUCGGCGCCUACGUCAUGAACGCCAACACGCCGCUCUCGGCGCCACUGAAUACGUUUCUUGUUGAAUACAACCAAUGGCUGUCCCGCGCCCUCGAGACCCGCGAUCUCACCGCGGUGCCCUGUACGCUCAUCGGCCCGACACUGAUCCAGGAAUCCGAAGCACUCGCCGACGUCCGCUCACGACGCCUGGCCAUUCCGCUCAGCGAGGUGCGCUGGGAGCGCGAGGGCGUCGGCGGUGUCGUCACCAAGGACGGCAAGCCGACGGCCGCAUCGUCCAAGGACAAGGCGCCCAAGGCCGAGAGCCGCGUCCUGUCGCCGGGACAGGAGGCGCUCCGCCAGACGGCGCUCCUGACGGUGGUGCAGCAGGUCCAGGCUCUCGAGCCGAUCCUGCGCGAGGUCUCGGGCAAGAGCCAGGACGAGUGGGACGUGUGGCUGGGCAAGAUGAUGGGCGACCUCAUGAGCGACAGCGGCACGAGCUGGGGAGAGUGUCUCGAGGUGGGCGCAUGGUCGGCCACGAAACGAAAGCAAUGA